GGGAGCAAAAAAGGAAAUAUUAUUAAAAAAAAAGGAAAAAAGGAUAAUGGUAAAGGGAGGCGAAGAGGAAGAAGACGUAGUUGAACGCAGAAAUCAUCAGCUUCGAAUCAAUCGAAUCUGAAAAGUGAAUCAAAUCAGCGAUGCCGGUAUUCAAGACUCCAUUCAACGGUUACUCCGUCAAGUUCAGCCCCUUCUACGAGGACCGCCUCGCCGUCGCAACCGCACAGAACUUCGGUAUCCUCGGCAACGGCCGCCUCCACGUCCUCUCCCUCUCCCCAAACCCUUCCCAGCCCUUCACCGAGAUCGCCGCCUACGACACCGCCGACGGAGUCUACGAUGUUGCCUGGUCCGAGUCCCACGACUCCCUCCUCGUUGCCGCCGUCGCCGACGGCUCCGUCAAGCUCUACGACACCGCACUACCGCCUACUUCCAACCCUAUCCGGUCCCUUCGCGAGCACACACGCGAGGUCCACUCCGCCGACUACAACCCCCUCCGCCGCGACUCCUUCCUCACCUCGUCCUGGGACGACACCGUCAAGCUCUGGACCCUCGACCGCCCCUCCUCGCUCCGCACCUUCAAGGAACACUCCUACUGCGUCUACUCCGCCGUAUGGAACCCUCGCCACGCCGACGUCUUCGCGUCCGCCUCCGGCGACUGCACCCUCCGCGUGUGGGAUGUUCGUGAACCUUCGUCCACCAUGGUGUUCCCUCCUCACGAAAUGGAGGUGCUAACUUGCGAUUGGAACAAGUACGACGACUGCAUAAUUGCGACUGCUUCGGUGGAUAAGAGCAUCAAGGUUUGGGAUGUGAGGAGUUUUAGGGUUCCGAUUGCGGUUAUGAAUGGACACGGGUAUGCGGUGAGGAAGGUGAGGUUUUCACCGCACGUGCGGAAUUUGAUGGUGUCUUGCUCUUAUGAUAUGACGGUUUGUGUUUGGGAUUUCAUGGUGGAGGAUGCGCUUGUGAGUCGGUACGAUCAUCACACGGAGUUCGCCGUUGGUGUUGAUAUGAGUGUUCUUGUUGAAGGCUUGAUGGCCAGCACUGGUUGGGAUGAGCUUGUUUAUGUUUGGCAGCAUGGCACUGAUCCUAGAGCACCUUGACAAGCUUCCUUUUUUCUGCUUUUUCUUCAUGUUUUGGGGAUUAAGGUUUUUGUUGUAUGUUUGUUUAUAUUCAUGCAUCAUCAGAUCAGGGGUUCAGGAACUUAAUGAGUGUAUACAUCAAUCGCAUUGGUAAUGAAUGAAAUGGCUAGUCACAAAUAAUUU